ACCAUGACAAGACUAAGUUUCAUUGUUGGAGUAGUAGGCAACAUCAUCUCAGUGUUACUCUUUCUUUCUCCAGUGGGCACAUUUCGGAGAAUACUGAGGAAUCGAUCAACUGAAGAAUUCAAGAGCCUUCCCUACAUUUGCACCCUCUUGAAUUCCGCUUUAUGGACUUACUAUGGUGUUACAAAGCCCGGAAGUUUUCUGGUAGCCACAGUGAACGGAUUUGGAGUUGUGGUUGAGAUGAUUUAUGUGACUCUGUUCCUCAUUUUUGCACCUCCAACAAUGAGGGCGAAGACUGCGAUGCUUUUUGGACUUCUUGAUGUGGGAUUUCCAGCAGCAACAGUUUUGGCCACUCAAUUGAUUCUGAAAGGAGAUUUAAGGAUUGAUGUGAUAGGAUCUUUGUGUGCAGGCCUCAAUAUUGUCAUGUAUGGCUCACCUCUAGCAGCAAUGAAAACAGUGGUGACAACCAAAAGCGUGGAGUAUAUGCCCUUCCUUCUCUCUUUCUUCGUUUUCUUAAACGGUGUUGUUUGGACUUUCUAUGCUGUGCUCGUCGAAGAUUACUUUCUGGGAGUACCGAAUGGGAUUGGAUUUCUCCUUGGAACAGCUCAGCUACUGUUGUACGCAAUCUACAGCAGGAGGCAAAGACCAUCCAAAGCUUCAUCACAUCAUUUGGAAGAUGAAUGGCAGCGGGAACAACUUAUAUCCUCUUCAAGCACCAAUUUGGAAGAAAAGAAUGAAGCAUAGAGAACUAUGA